AUGCCGAGCAUCAACACUUUGCUGUUGGCGGCCUUCGCCACUGUGCAGGCCGUCCAGGGAGCUACGUACCCUGUAUCAGGAUCUUCCACGUAUCCGAAAAUCUCGGAAGAUGGCCGUUGCGCUACCAAUGGUGCUACGUGCUUGGGCUCCAAGUUCGGAGACUGUUGCGACCAACGUGGUUACUGCGGUGGCAAUCGCAACUACUGUGGUAGAGGAUGCAAUCCAGUGUAUGGAAAAUGUUCUGCAGAGCCGCCUUGCACUGCUUCGUCAUCUGUUGUAGUAUAUUCGCAUCAGCCUACUCCUGAGCCUUCGCCUGAACCGACUCCGGAGCCUUCACCGGAGACCUAUCCCGAACCUUCUCCCGAGCCUUCCCCAGAGCCAACUCCCGAGCCGUCGCCUGAGCCAACUCCCGAGCCUUCNCCUGAACCGACACCUGAACCCUCGCCUGAGCCUUCACCAGAGCCAACUCCUGAACCUACUCCUGAACCUACUCCCGAGCCGACCCCUGAACCAACACCCCAGCCGACUCCUCAGCCUCCUUCUGGAACAUGUGGAGCUCAGAAGUACCCAACGUCAUCCAGGGGUCUGCAGACUACGCUACCCGGGUCCUCCGUUUCCGCGUGUUCUGCGUCUUGCCUCGCGAAUCCCAGUUGCAGGUUCUUCUUCGUGUACGCGCAGUCAACCUGCUAUAUCUUUACCAUUCCGUUAUCUGAUGUCACUCAAUUUACCGACACCACCAGAGCUCAACUAUAUGAGAGAUCUUGCAUAGAGCCGGUUGCCACCCCUACGCCUACCCCUACACCUGAACCCACUCCUACACCCACUCCUACACCCACUCCUCAGCCUCUCAUUUGCCGUCAAAAAGGCUACGCCAGCGGUCAAGACGGAUCCGCUGCUUACGGUGUCCAAACCGCAUACAGUGACGCUUCCUGCCUUGCGAUCUGUCGAUCCCAGCCCCAAUGCAAGUUUGUCAUCCUCUCCAGUAACAGUGACUGCUUCCUCUACAGCGUCGACUACAACAGGAACGCACCAAUUGUCCCACUAGACUACGUUUCGCUUUCUGAGAGAGACUGUGACAUUUAA